AAUGAAUCUACCGCGUCUGGCCGGCGAUUGUCAGUGCGCCACAAGUUGUGCUACUCUCAAGUACAUUGUUCCCGACCGUCGGUGCCCGGCAAACGGUGGUUCGCUUCGUCAAAGCUAAAUUAACGAGAAAUAAAUACAAAUACAAGCGUCAAAUAAAAUUACCAAUAUGAUCCGUUCCUUGUGUAAACUACCUCAUAAAAUCGCCAGUCAGAUGGCUGUAGACGUUCUAUCCAGGAGCAUGGCCAGCCAAUCGCCACCGAGAAUGGAAGACUAUUUCAAAGACAAGCGUUUCAUCGUUACAGGGUCUUGCGCCGGCAUGGGAGAAAAGAUCACUUCAAGACUGUUGGACUUGGGCGCAUUCGUAUAUGCGGUCGUCGAAAAACAAGAAGGCGCCGCGGCUCCGGCGAGUCCCAAAAUGAAACAAAUAUUUUGUGAUAUAUCCGACUGGCAGAACACUUUUGACAAAAUGAAAGAAAUCGGACCGGUCCACGGGCUGGUGAACAACGCCGGCGUAGCCGUCAUAGAGCCAUUUUUCGAAGUGACCGAAUACGGCUGGGACAAGACUCUGAACAUUAAUGCAAGAGCCAUCGUGAGAGUGAGCCAGGCAGUAGCGAAAAACAUGAUUGACGCCGGCAUCAAAGGGUCGAUUGUCAACAUUUCCUCGACCAUAUCAACGCGAGCCAUUCCAGACCACACGACUUACUGCGCUUCCAAGGGUGCCGUCAACCAAAUUACUAGGACCAUGGCCAUUGAACUUGGCAAGUACGGAAUCCGAACGAACAACGUCAACCCCACGGUAGUGCUUACCAAAAUGGGAAUAAAAGCUUGGUCCGACCCGGCAAAAUCCGGGCCCAUAUUGGGACGUAUCCCGUUAGGAAGAUUUGCAGAAACCGACGAUAUUGCAAAUGCCGUCAUCUUCAUGUUAAGCGACUACGCCAGCAUGGUGAACGGAACAGCUCUUGUGGUCGACGGAGGAUUUUUGUCGGGUUAGACGAAUUUCGCAAAAGAAACGGUACCACCUUCUUAUGUAUGAAAACCAACACAAUAAUAAUUAUAAUGCACUAAAGUAUGCUCUUAAAUAUUAUUCUAACGAACACGUGCGAAGACCAUUGAUUCGUUAAAAUACCAUUAUAAGUAUAGGCCAACCCUCACGUGUAUUACUUAAUGAUUGAUUGUUCACCACGAAUAAAUGUUUAAAUUAUAAUUUUUUUUUCUGUUUUAUAAUACUAUUAUACAUUUGUUUAUAAAAAUCGUAACGUAUAGGAAUUCCUUUUUCUCAGAUUGUCGAAUUUACGUUGUUCGAACUACCACAUUAUAAUAUUAUUGUGGUUCAUCGACUGCACUUGCCUUGUUGAAAAUUAUGUUAUGAUUGCACGAUAAUAUACUAUUUGCACGUACCGUUUAUAUUUUAUUAUAUUGUUGUUUAAUUCCCUAGAAAAAUAUAUAAAUAAUAACAUGUGUAAUACAUUAUAAACUGCAUAGUACAAAAGGCUGAACUUGUAUAAUAAUAUUAUGUUUUUAUGAUAUUUGAUUAUGUAAUCGACCAUCUAAUAGAACUGUUAUAUAUGGAUAAGUAUGUGAAAUUUAAGUAUUAUAUUGAAAUUAUUCUACCGUUAUUAUAUACUUUCAAAUAAGUAUACUCAAUGUGUUCAACGUUUAAAAAAUAAAGUUUAAUUGCGUAUACUGUGCUUUUAAAAGCA